AUGGGAGCAGCUUUGACGUAUACUCUGUUCACAUUUGUGGCAUAUGUUGUCUAUGGGUUCGUCCUAUCUUGGUAUACGGAGUAUCGAUUCCGGCAGUUUGCGCGCCUCAAUGGCUGCGAAGACCCAGUCCGCAAUCUUAACAAGCUACCGUGGGGGAUAGACGGUCUGUAUCGCGUCAUCACAGCUGUUUCGCACGGGGAAGACAUCUUGGACGAUCUCGUCAUCCCGGCAUUCAGGGCGUUGAAUGCUUACACAACGGAAGGCACUGGUCUAUUUGGCCAGAAGAUGACGACCACGAUCGAGCCGCGGAAUAUACAGGCAUUGCUGGCCACCAACUUCAAGGACUUUGGUACUGGGGAGCGGCGGAGCAAGCAGUUUGGAGCUCUGUUGGGCUACAACAUAUUCACCUCGGACGGCGAGUUCUGGGCGCACAGCCGAGCGAUGUUCAGACCGCUGUUCAAUCGCGAGCAGAUCAACGACUUAGAAGAAACGGAUCGAGCUUCGAAAAUAUUGAUCGACGUGCUUCCAAAGGGCUCGGACGGAUGGACGGAUGCUUUCGACCUCAUGCCAUAUUUCUAUCGUUUCACACUCGACACCGCAACCGCGUUCCUGGUCGGGCACACGACCGAUUCACAACUCGCAGCCGCGGGCAGACCGACCGGCGAGCGCCAGCAAAGCGGCAUCACGGAGAUGGCGGCCGACCAAGAGUUCAUGGACUCGUUCACCGUCGCACAGGAAUGGCUCAGCUGGAGGAUCCGGCUGCAGGGACUGUACUGGGUUGUCCAGUCGCCGCGGUGGUGGAAAGCAACUGCGAACGUGAGGAAGUACGUCAACCACUACGUGAAAAUGGCCUUGGACCAGAAGGCGCGAGAGGAGCGCUCGGGCAAGAGGGUGGAAGAUGGACGCAGAUACAAUUUGCUGAGGGAGCUCGCGGAGGAAUGCAGGGAUCCCAUUGAGUUAAGAGAUCAGUUGCUCGGCAUCUUGGCUGCUGGUCGAGACACCACAGCGGCACUGCUGUCAUGGGUGUUCGUCGAGCUCGCGCGCAAUCCGAAAGUCUACACGAAGCUGCGGCGCGUCAUUCUCGAAGAGUUUGGAGACGGAUCGUCGGAUCUGAACAAGCCAAGCUUCUCCAAGCUUAAGGCCUGCGGUUAUCUUCAGCACGUCAUCUCGGAAACCUUGCGCUUACAUCCUCCCGUGCCCUUCAACAACCGGCAGGCAAUCAGAAACACAACGUUGCCGACGGGUGGUGGUCCUGACCAGGACAAGCCGAUUGCUAUUCGUAAGGGUCAGAUUGUCAACUUUACCGUCUAUGGGAUGCAAAGGCGGAACGACUUGUGGGGGGAGGACGCAGACACCUUCAUCCCCGAACGCUGGGAGGGAAGAAAGAUGGACUGGAGUUUUUUGCCCUUCUCGGGCGGUCCUAGGAUCUGUCUUGGCCAACAAUACGCCAUCACAGAAGCGAGCUUUCUCAUCGUGCGCCUGCUUCAAAGGUUUGACGCUGUAGAAUGGCUGGGCGAAACGGGCCGAAUCACGAAGGCUUAUGGUUUGAUCAUGUAUCCUGCCAAGGGGGUCCCAGUGCGAUUCCAUAAGGCUUAA